UCAAUUGAUAUGGAUCCACAUAAAUUUAUUGAGUGACUGGCCUUCCUUGUGCCUAAUUAGCUUUAGAAUUAGGCUGCCAAAAACCAGAUCUCUCUCUCACACACACACACAGAUUAAAUUGAGUCGGCCUUAAAACUCUAUAAUGGGAUGAUGAGUUGAUAUUAUGAGAAAAUAUUUCAUUAUGUGUUCUUUUAUUUUUUGGUUGUGUUAGAAGGCCAAUUGACACACAAGGGGGUUGAUGGAAGAAGCACUGUUGCCCGAGAAAAAGGAGAGGAUCGAAAGGGCGGUGACAUGGGAGGUGUUUGUGGAAGAGCUGAAGAGGGUAAGUUGCAUAGCAAUGCCUAUGGUGGUGGUGACAGUGUCGCAGUACCUCUUGCGGGUUGUGUCAAUGGUAAUGGUGGGGCACCUUGGUACACUGUCUCUCUCCAGUGCAGCCAUCGCCACCUCUCUUACCAAUGUCACCGGCUUCAGUCUCCUAUUGGGAAUGGCUAGUGCAUUGGAAACUCUAUGUGGACAAGCUUAUGGAGCAGAGCAAUAUCAGAAGCUUGGAAUCUUUACAUAUGGGGCUAUUGUCUCUCUCAUUCUAGUUUGUAUACCAGUGUCUCUUCUGUGGAUAUUCUUGGACAAACUACUAAUAUUCAUAGGCCAAGACCCUUUAAUCUCACUUGAAGCUGGCAGAUACUCAGUUUGGCUCAUUCUUGCACUAUUUCCCUACGCGAUUCUUCAAUCACUUGUACGCUUCCUGCAGACUCAGAGUUUGAUCCUUCCAAUGCUCGUAUGCUCAAUUGCAACACUAUCUUUCCAUGUAGCUGUUUGUUGGUUUCUAGUAUUUACGAUGAACCUAGGAAACACUGGAGCAGCAUUGGCCAUUGGUUUAUCUUAUUGGUUGAACGUGAUCUUGCUCGGGCUUUAUGUCAAGUAUUCUUCAGCCUGUGAAAAAGCUCGUGUCUCAUUCUCGAAGGAUGUUUUUCUAAGUAUUCCAGAGUUCUUCCACCUUGCUAUCCCUUCUGCUGUCAUGGUUUGUCUUGAAUGGUGGUCAGUUGAGAUAGUUAUAUUGCUUUCCGGGCUUUUGUCUAAUCCAAAACUCGAGACUUCAGUGCUUUCAAUAUGCCUCACAACAACUACAUUGCACUAUCACAUACCGUAUUCUGUUGGUGCUGCUGCAAGCACUCGGGUUUCGAAUGAAUUAGGAGCUGGGAAUCCACAGGCAGCUCGGGUGUCUGUCUUGGUUGUGUUGGCUCUUGGACUUGCAGAGGUGUUAAUUGCAAGCACAACCCUCUUCUGCUGCCGUCAUGUCCUGGGAUAUGCAUACGCUAAUGAGAAGGAAGUCGUCGGUUAUGUUGAAGAAAUGACUCCUCUUGUUUCUUUCUCUUUUAUCAUGGAUGGUUUACAAGCAGUACUUGGUGGAGUUGCUAGAGGAAGUGGGAGGCAGCAUCUAGGGGCCUGUGUGAAUCUUACAGCAUUUUAUAUAGUGGGAAUUCCAGUAGCUGUAGUAUUAGGUUUUGCCUUGCAUUUGGGAGGAAAAGGCCUUUGGAUUGGGAUAGCAAUGGGGUUGACAGUACAAGCUACUCUGCUUUCUCUUAUAACAGGCUUCACAAAUUGGCAAAAACAGGUAGCUAAGGCUAGGAAAAGGGUAUUUUGAAGUCUAUUUGUAGCUGAGAAUGACACUUGUAAAACUCCGUAAUUUUGUACCAAAUCUUUUUUCAUUUAUCACAUAUAUCACAGGAGUUGUGCGGGCAAUAGCUGUUGUGGUGGGCUCACUAUAGUUGUUGUGGUGGGCCUCACAGUUUGUGAGACACCUUAUUAGUCAAGUAUCCGUACAUUUAUCAUUGUUACGAUAAAAAACCCAAUUUAUAUAGUUGCUGUUGCAUCGUUACACUUA